AUGCAUCUCCCACCACCACCAUACCAAACCCUCCUCCUAACCCUAACUCUCCUCACGCUCCUCACCCCAACCAUGUCCACCGCCCCCCUCACCCGCGACGUGAUCAUCAUCGGCGGCGGCGCAGCAGGCACCUACGCCUCGAUCCGUCUCCACCAACAGCACCACUCGGUCCUCGUAAUCGACCACAAGCCCCGUCUAGGCGGCCAAACAACCACCUACCACGACCCCAUCACCAACCACCCAACCGACUACGGCGUAACCUACUUCCAAAACAUGUCGAUCGUGCGGUCGUUCUUCACACACUUCAACAUCCCCCUCACCUACGCAGCCUUCAACUACCCAAUCGACAUGUUCGACUUCAACACCCUCACACCCAUCCCCACCACCACCACCUCUGCCUCCAGCAACGCCUCCAACGAAGCAAUGACCCGCUACAUCACCCAACUGAAACGCUACCCGUACCUAAAAGUAGGGUAUGACCUUCCGGAUCCGGUUCCGGAGGAUUUACUGCGUCCGUUCGGGGAAUUCAUGCAGCAGUAUGAUCUGACCGCUGGGAUCGGGGACCUAGGGGGCUCGAUUAAUCCGCUGGGCGACUGGCCGCGGAACCCGGCGGUGUAUGUGAUGAAGUAUGCGAAUUUGGAUGUGUUGGAGGGGGAUCGGACGGGGUUUAUUAGGCCUGAGGGACGGGAUAAUAGCUUGUUGUAUGAGAGGGCGGAGAGGGAGUUGGAGGGGGUUGGGGGGGUGAUGUUGGGGGUUAGGGUUGUGGGGGUGGAGAGGGAUGCGGAGGGGGUGGUGGUGACGGUGCGGAAGGGGGGUGAGGAUGGGGAGGUAGUGACGACGGUCAAAGGAAAGAAGCUGGUCGUGGCAAUUCAGCCCAGUUUGACCAGUUUGGCAGGGUUUGAUCUGAGUGAUCAGGAGAAGCGAGUAUUCGGCCAGUUUCAUCAUUUAUUUUUCUACACUGCGUUGAUGCGAAUCAAGGGUCUGCCCGCGGACGUGUGUUACAUGAAUCGGGCAGCCGAUGAUCCGUUCUUGUUGCCGCGGUUGCCGGGGAUAUUGCAGCUCAAGCCGACGGAGGAGAACGAGUUGAAGGUGGCGAACUAUCUGAGUAUGACGGAGUUGUCGGAGGAGGAGCUCAAGCAGGGCAUUCUGCAUGAUUUGCAGAGUGUGCGGAUGCGCUCGGGGGUGAAUUUCCCGGAACCCGAGUUUUUGGCGAUUGGGGAUCAUAGUCCCUAUGAGUUGACAGUGUCGGCGGAGGCGAUUCAGAAUGGUUUCUAUCGGGAGUUGAAUGCGUUGCAGGGGGUGCGGAAUACUUACUACACUGGGGCGACGUGGGAGAGUCAUAGUACGCCGCAGAUCUGGGAGUUUACGGAGCAGAUGUUGCAGAAGCAUUUGCUGAAGGCGCUGUGA